UUCGGUACUUUGAUAAAGUUUGGUUAUUGUUCGGAUUUGAUUGGUGGGUUGUGCUCUGUUUGCGCAAUUUUGCUCUGUGCUGCGAUUUAGGGUUCUUCUGUGGGCUUUUUAGUACUAGUGUAUCGAUUUGGAGAUGUUUUGUUGCUGAGAGUGUUCUAUAUGAUUCACGCAUGUUGAACUAUGUUCAUGUUUGUUCCAUUAUUGGAGUGUUAGGUUUUGUGUACGCUUCUUGAUGAUUUGUAAAGAUUGCGGAGAUUUGUACUUAGGGUUUGCUUCACAUAUUGCUGAUCUUUUAUGUUCACUAUUUCCUACUGCAAGUUCUAAUGAUUUGAUAAUCCUAAUUCUAGUUCAGGGGUGAAAUCUACUAGUCUUGGCGGUCUAUCAGUGUCGCUAAGAGAAAGAUUCCUUUUUUAGUCUAUUGGAACCUGAAAUAGAUUCUUUUUUGAAUCACUCUUAGGAGGACUUCUUUUUAGGUUUGUUAGCAGCAUAUAUCAGCAAUUUUACCCUCCCAUAGUGUGGUGGAAAGUUGAAUCCAUUACAUAGGAUAACUGCAACUUCUGUUGAGAGUUCUAUCUUUCUGCUGGAAAUAGUUAUAAUUUAAUUUCAGGGAAACUGAUCUAUCCUGCGUGAAACACAUAAUCGAGACCUCUCCACAUGUACGGUUUGGAUUUUUUUUGAUGAUUAGAUUUAAUUACAUGUUUGUUAGCGAGAUUCAUAGGAAAAUUGAUGGCUGCAAAAGAAGAUGUUCAACUUCUUGUGCUUUAAAAACUUUUUUUCUACUCAUAAUGGUUUAAAUCAUUUUUAUGAGGUUACAAUGGUAUAAUUCGUAAUAAUCUCCUUUCCUUUUAAGUGUAUAUGUCGAUUGGUGAUAAUAUUUGAUAUUUAAGCAAAAUGAAUGAUACUGGUGGAUCAUCAAGUUACAAGUCUCGAAUAAAAAAGAUUAUGCAAACGGAUGAAGAUGUCGGCAAAAUUGCAUUGGCUGUACCUGUUUUAGUGUCUAAAGCACUGGAAUUAUUUCUGCAAGACCUUUGUGAUAGGACUUAUAGCAUUACUCUUCAAAGGGGAUUGAAAACAAUGAGUGCUUUGCAUCUAAAGCAAUGCAUCCACAGUUUCAAUGCCUUUGAUUUCCUGAAGGAUGUAGUGAAGAAAGUUCCAGACAUCGGUGGCACAGAUGCAGGUGGCGAUGAUAGAUCUGGCAGAAAAAGGAAAGCUCCUGAUGAAGCUGAUAGUGAGGAUGAAUCAAAGAGAACCAGAAAUGAUGCAGCCAUACAUGCGAGCGGAGGUAGGGGCCGAGGAAGGGGGGGUCGUGGUAGGGGUCGCCCCCGCAGUGCUCGUAGUGGUGAGAGGGACGGCUCAUACUAUGAUCGGUAUGUGGAUGACCUUGACAUUUCACCUCAACACGAUAACCGUACAUCCCAUCCGAAACUCGAAACCUUAGAUGAGGUCUCCGGCAUGAGAGGAGCUACAGAAACCAUAUCGAGCAAUACUGCCACAAAUACUACCGCAGUGCGGAACUUCGACCUAAACUUAAAUUGGGAUGAGAAUGGGGACGCAUCAGCAGCCCCACCGCCAGCUUCUACUGCCACUCCUGCCUCAGAAACUGUUAACGAUAUAAAGAAUGAGGAAUAUCCAGGCUGGUCAAUAUCCGAUAUGAAGAAUAUGGCAAUUGAUCCGGUUCAGUUUGCGUUGUCACAUCAAAGAUUAGAUGAGGAGGAAGAGGACUAUGACAAUGAAGACGGGUGAUUUGUAAAAAAAAAAAAGGAAUUUUUGAUCUUGUUCUCUAAACAAAUUAAGAAGUAGGUCUCACUUUAGCGUAGAUCAUGGCAACUUACGCCUCACCUUCUCAAGGCGAAACUAACUCCUUGAGAGCUCAGGAAACAGGAUGUAUGAUAUCUGAUACUGUAACAAAAUCUGCUCUUAUAAUUUUAGAAUUAUCUGAUAGGGGGUCUGAGUGUAACCAAUAAACUAAUCAGUUAAUUUUUACUGUCUUUGUAAAUGCUAACUAAUUUUGAAUUUUAUGGCAGUUAAAAGAUGUAAGCUUUGUUUAAAGGUGAUGAGGAGUACAUUAGGCCCUUCUUGCAUAAAUGCAAGUUUGAACUUCAAUCAGGUAAAUUGACUUAUCAAGCAUCACAUCUAUUUCUUUCUUUUUCUCUGCCGGUAGGGUAAAGAAAGAACAGGUA